AUGACAACCGACCCAACCAAGUACAAGCUCAACCACUCAAUGAUCCGGGUCAAAGACCCCAAGCGAUCGGUCGAGUUCUACGAAUUCAUAGGCCUGAGGCUUAUCAACAAGCUUGAGAACCCCGAUGCUAAGUUCGACCUCUACUUCCUCGCAUACGAUAGCCCGAAGGCUGUUUCGCACGGCAACCAUUGGACGGACCGAGAGGGAAUCGUCGAGCUUACGCACAACUACGGCACCGAGAGCAACCCGGAGUACAAGAUUCACAACGGCAAUUCGGAGCCAAAGGGGUUCGGCCACCUUGCGAUAUCGGUAGACAAUAUUCAGGCUGCGUGCCAGCGGAUAGAGGAUGCGGGAUACAAGUUUCAAAAGAAGUUAACGGAUGGCAAGAUGCGGCACAUUGCCUUUGCGCUCGAUCCGGACGGCUACUGGGUCGAGAUCAUUGGCCAGAAGCCACUGGAGGAGACUGAGAAUGUAAAGGAGUCGGACACCGCGACGUAUCGUUUGAACCACACGAUGCUUCGAGUCAAGGAUCCCGAGGUGUCCCUCAACUUCUACAAGGAUGUCAUGGGCAUGCAGCUUAAGCGCACGCACGAGAGCAAGAACGGCGGCUUUAACCUCUACUUUCUGGGGUACGGCGCACCGGCCCCCGAAACGAGCCCGAACGGCGUCAACCCCGUGGCGGAUCGCGAAGGCUUGCUUGAGCUGACGUGGAAUUAUGGAACGGAGAAAGAGGCCGACUUCAAGUAUCACGACGGCAAUGCUGAGCCACAGGGUUUCGGCCACAUUUGCAUCUCUGUCGAUGAUCUAGAUGUGGCAUGCGCUCGGUUUGAGGAGAAGCAGGUCAACUGGAAGAAGAGGCUCACCGACGGCAGGAUGAAGAACAUUGCAUUCGUUCUUGAUCCCGACGGCUACUGGAUUGAAGUUGUCCAGAACGAGAAACUAAAGACACGAUCCAACUGGUAA